AUGCCAUCCUCAAGAACACCAUUACGGGCGACUCCGCGCAGCAAUGCGCGUUCCCAGUUUGCCGCAACCCCACGUUUUCUGUUCUCGCAGAGACCAGUAGCUCAGCAAAAGCGGGCUCCGGACAGGGAGGAUAUUCUUCCAGAAGAUGAUGCGGGCCCACCUCAAAAACCACAUAGGGCUCUAACUCCAGCGCGUGAUCCACGGUCACGCCGAAAGGAAGUGAUUGAAGAUUCCGGCAGCGACUUGGAUCUAGAAGGGGACUCCCACCAAAAGACUGACAAUGGAGUCGAGCUCGGAGGCACCCCAGUUAGUCCGCUCCCGGACAUGAUCGAGGUAGAUGCAGAGAUUGAGGCUCUUUUUGGUCCCACGAGCAAUCACCCGAAACGACGCCGUAUCUCUGAUUUAACAAUGUCCGCCACUCAAAGGAGAAAGCCACAUGAUACCAUCGAGACUUCUUCUCCGGAGCGAUCUCCAUUAGCAACGGACCCUCCUUCACCAUCUCUGCCCUUUCGUGCGACUCCUCGGAAGACACCGCGGCCUCCGGCAACACCUACAACCGGCAAACCGUCUGCCCGGGGCCACCCACGUUUCCUCAUCUCUUCUUCAUCUCAGGCACCACCAAAGCCAAAAUUCGCGUUGCCUCGCUCCCCAUCCCCAGAACCAGCAGAUAAUUCAAAUGCUAUUCCAACCCCAUUCUCUCCAUCAUCUCGUACACUCGGCCGCCGUGGCCGGCAACGUUCGUCCGGCCCCAGCUAUCUUCCUGGCGGUAUGGCAGCAGAAGUGCGCAGCUGGGUCCUAGAGAUGGGAACAAAGCGGGAACAGCAGAUACAAGCUACCCUUGGCCGCCGCAACGAGGCAGACUCGUACCCGAUUAAUUCCAACAGGUAUUCACUGAUGCUUCGCAUAAGCAACGUCCAUCAAUCCACUCUUAGCAGUUGUGGUCCACUCGCAUUCCUACAGGGUCAAGAUAUGGCGCCUCCCGAAGAUUCUGAUCCAGCAAACGAUGUUACAAAAAAUGUCUUACUUAUGGGACCCCCUCGUCUGCACCCAGGUGAGAUGCGGACCUCCUUCCGUGUACCUAGCCUUCAAGCGGGAGAUGUAGUAGGUGUCCUUAGGGGACUAGUCUGGGAAAUAGGAGCGGAGAGUGAUGCGAGACUUAUACUCGACCAUGAACAGAUCCUACACCAUGAGAGUGAACGUUCUCCGGGAUUGGGGAGGUGGCUUGUUGGUAUGGAAUGGGAGGUUAUAUCGCCUACAUAG